AUGAACGUCAGCAUGGAUCGAGUGAAACCAGCAUAUUUUGCAAAUGAAGCUGAUGAAGGUUGUUGCCAAGAUAGUGUCAAGGUGUUAGAUGAUGACAGUAACAAGCAGAUAGCACCGAAGGAUACUGCAGGACAGGAACGCUAUAGAACAAUAACAACUGCAUACUAUCGCGGGGCAAUGGGUUUCAUUCUAAUGUAUGACGUUACAAACGAGGAAAGUUUUAAUUCUGUGCAGGACUGGGUAACUCAAAUAAAAACAUAUUCCUGGGAUAAUGCACAAGUUAUACUUGUUGGGAACAAGUGUGAUAUGGAGGAUCAGCGGGUUAUUUCAUAUGAAAGAGGCCGUCAGUUAGCUGAUCAAUUAGGUGUUGAAUUUUUUGAAACUUCAGCUAAGGAAAAUGUCAAUGUCAAGGCUGUAUUCGAGCGUCUUGUUGAUAUCAUAUGCGAUAAAAUGUCGGAGAGUUUAGACUCAGAUCCAACGUUAGUUGGUGCCGGACAGAAAGGACAACGACUGACAGAUCAACCACAAGGCACACCUAAUGCAAAUUGCAAUUGUUAAAUUUAUAUACAUAUAUAUAUGUAUUUAUAUAUAUAUA